CUGACGCCGAAACGCGGCGGGCGCCGCAAGGGCCGGGAAGAUGGCGGUCCUCGCACCUUUAAUUGCUCUGGUGUAUUCGGUGCCACGACUUUCACGAUGGCUGGCCCGACCUUACUAUCUUCUGUCAGCCCUGCUUUCUGCUGCAUUCCUACUCGUGAGGAAACUACCUCCUCUCUGCAGCAGUCUCCCCACGCAACGCGAAGACGGCAACCCGUGUGACUUUGACUGGAGAGAAGUAGAGAUCCUGAUGUUCCUCAGUGCCAUUGUGAUGAUGAAGAACCGCAGAUCUAUCACUGUGGAGCAACACAUUGGCAACAUCUUCAUGUUUAGUAAAGUGGCCAAUGCAAUUCUUUUCUUCCGUCUGGAUAUUCGCAUGGGCCUGCUUUACAUCACUCUUUGCAUCGUGUUCCUGAUGACGUGCAAGCCCCCCCUGUACAUGGGCCCCGAGUACAUCAAGUACUUCAACGACAAGACCAUUGAUGAGGAGCUAGAGCGGGACAGAAGGGUCACCUGGAUUGUGGAGUUCUUUGCCAAUUGGUCUAAUGACUGCCAGUCCUUCGCUCCUAUCUAUGCUGACCUGUCCCUCAAGUACAACUGUACAGGGCUAAACUUUGGGAAGGUGGACGUUGGACGCUACACUGAUGUUAGUACACGGUACAAAGUGAGCACGUCGCCCCUCACCAAGCAACUCCCUACCCUGAUCCUGUUCCAAGGCGGCAAGGAGGUCAUGCGGCGGCCACAGAUUGACAAAAAAGGACGAGCUGUCUCUUGGACCUUCUCUGAGGAGAAUGUGAUCCGAGAAUUCAACUUGAACGAGCUAUAUCAAAGGGCCAAGAAGCUAUCAAAGACUGGAGAUCACAUCCCUGAGGAGCAGCCUGGGGCCCCUGCCACCACAGAGGUGCCAGAUGGGGAAAGCAAGAAGGACAAAUAGAAUCCCUGCCUUGUCAGUGCUUCCUCACCUUUGAGGCCCUGCCUGAGGCCUGGGCUUGGGCCUUUUAUUUAUGUUUCCCUUUUGGCUCUGCCUCAGUGAGGCAGGGUGCUGCUUCUGAUUUUCAAGAGGCUUUCAGGGACUUGACAGGCUCCCUCCAGGAAGGCCUCCUCUGCCGUGGCCAACUUUCACUGGAAGAAGGGAGAGAGCUCCGAUGAUGGAGGAGGAAAUGCCUGCCUCCCAAGCUUGGGUCCGAGUACCACCUGCUGUCCACCAGUCACUCACAUGUCUCCACCAUGCAGUGUUUUCAUCCUUCCUCUUAGUGGACCUGCACAGUCUCCCUAGAUUAUAUUAAACCUAACAGAAAAUGCCUAGGUUUGGAGUCUGCAUUAGGAUUUUACCCUCAAGGACCCUUGCUUCUUUAGGCAUUUCUGGCUUGGUCUGUGGCCUUCAUUAAUAAAUAUAAGGCUAACUUUGUCAACUGGUUCCCAGGAGAAACCUUUAACCACUGAGUUUACUCACUGGAGAUAGUUUUAAUAAUCCCCCUAAUUUUUGGAGUUUGGGAGGAAAGGGAAUAGGUUUGAGACAUUCCUUUGUAUGGGGGGCUCAGAGGAGAAAGCCCUUGGGCAGGCAUGAAGUUUCAAGUAGUCUCCUACACACUCCCAAAACCCAACUGAUGGUUUUCCACAAUAAAGAGACUGGGAUUUCCUUUUGA